GAUUACAGAUGUUUGGCAUCAUUUUGACACCACAGAAUAACUAUUUGACACUGACAGGUUUGAGCUUAUUGACCAUAGAUAAAGGUGUUUUUGACUUUGACUUGAUAUUUUACAUUUUUGAGCUAUGACUGAAGCUCCUGUAUUAUCAAAAAAGCAACAAAACCAAUCACUCUCUGCUAAGAAAACUAAGACUAAAACAUGUAUAAAAAAUGUUCUAGCAACACCAUUUAAAAAAUCCCAUUGGCCAUGUAUUUGUGAAGAUCAUUACAAUUCUUUAAAAGCUGUUUUGGAAGAGGACUUACCAAGACUAGUUCCCGAAAAAGUAAAAAUUUCUUGGAAGGAAAUGAAACAUGUUCCAAGAAAUGAACGAAAAAAAUUUCGACAAGAAUGCUUGCAGAAACAAAUAGCUGAGAGGGAAAAGUCCGAUGUACAGUGUGAAAACAGGGACGGUUUAAUACUAGGUGUAAAUGAUGUCUCCAAAGCUUUAGAGAAUAGUAGUGUAAGUCAUAUACUUAUCACUGCUGAGGUAGAGCCAAGGAUAUUGGUAAAACAUGUAAUAAACCAAGCCAUAAUGAAUAAAAUACCUACUUUAGUUAUGCCCUAUUUAAGAACACUUUUAAAAGCAAAAUGUGGCAUAUCAAGUAUGGUUCUUGGCUUUAGAGAUCACCAUCCAAAGUAUUCAUUAGUGCAAACUUUAAUUGAAGAAAUGGCAACUAUGUAUCCUGUCGAUAAAAGGCACCCUUAUUAUUCUAGAGCGCAAAAUGAUUCGGUGAUGUUUGUUGAUGAAAGCAAUUCACAAUUAGAGCAAGACGACUCAGUUAUGAUAGUGCAACCAGAGCAAGAUAAUACAGUUAUGAUAGCAGAGCAAGAUGAUUCAGUUAUGAUAAUAGAAGAUACUGAAGAUGAAAAUAAGUCAGUGUAUUUAACUCGAACUGAUAAAACUAAGAGAGUGUUUGUGCCUGAAACAAAAACUUCUAAAAAGGAAAAGACCAACUCAGAAGUGUUUAUACCGUUUAGUUAUGCAAAUGAUCUAUUUACACCAUUGAGGGUUACUAGAAUGAGGAAAGAUGAAAACAGAAAAACGAAAAGAGGCAAAUUAAUAAAAAUUAAGUAAUUAAUUUAACCAAACCAAAUUAAACAUUAUAAUAAUGGCAACUCUAAGAGAACAUAGUUUGUUAAUUUAUGCACCUUUUUAUGCAUAUAAAUAAAAUUGUGAAGUAUCUGUGAUUUCUAAAUAAAGUUUCUUCAAGUUCAUGUAGUUAUUU